AUGCCCUAUUACUACCCGUCCGGCCCGGCGCCGCCGCAGCCCGUGAUAUUCUACGGGCCCCCCUGCUACCCGCCGCCGCCGUACACGCCGUCCGCGGUGGUGGGCGGCCCGCAGCAGCAGCAGCAGGUGGGCUACGGCGCGGCGGUGGCGGUGGACGCACAAGGGGUGGUGUACCAGUACGUGUCCGGGCUGGCGGGUUCCGGGCGGUUCCCGGGGCCGGCGCCGGUGGUCGACCCGGACUUCCCCGCGGCGAACCACAUCAACAGCACGGGCGGGGCCGGGGUCGAGCCGCUGUUCAACUACUUCUUCCCGACGGAGCACGCCAAGGUGAUCGUCCUCAAGUGCCCCGUCCCGCCCUGGACGCUGGUCGCCGGCACGUAUGCCGACCUGCCCUUCCACGCGGCCAAGGUGCCGGCCAACGUGACCAUGGCGGAGCUGCUGGUCGGGUUCGGGGCCGACAACCCGGACAAGGCCAGGAACCAGUUCUGGGAGGUGUACCCGCAGGGCGGGGGCAAGUGGGGUUGGAAGGAGCACUGCACGGGCGACGACGAGGUCAUGAUGGCCCGGACGGUCAGGGACAUGGGUUGGGUCGAGAAGAGGGACGGGGCCGUGCAGACGGUGUAUUUGUGGAUCAGCAAGUCGUGA